ACCAGCUUUAUGAAUAGGUAUUGGCCUUCACGGGUGUUGAUUCUCUCUUUCUUUUUUCUACAUGGCAAUCUGUCCCACAAAAAUUAAGUUCUACUCUUGAGGUCUUCACUUCACUUUUAUAUUUCCCAUUUCUGUCUCUUUCUUUGUUCUGAACUGCAACAUAAGCACCAAUCAUGCCUGCCCCUUCUUCUUCUCUCUGCCUUCUCCUCUCGCUAUCAUUUGUUUUCCCUUGCUUGCUCAUUUUCUUGCCAAUUUCUCUAGCAAAAACCAUCAACACCACUCGCCCUCCCCGCCAGCUCUCCAUUAACUACUAUGCAAAAACCUGCCCUCAACUUGAGCAACUUGUUGGUUCAGUCACUUCCCAACAAUUCAAAGAAACGCCAGUUUCAGGGCCAGCCACCAUUCGCCUAUUCUUCCAUGACUGCUUUGUAGAAGGUUGUGAUGCUUCAAUCCUGAUAUCAACGAAGCCUGGAAGCAUAGAGUUGGCAGAGAAGAAUGCAGAGGAUAAUAAGGAGUUGAGAGUGGAGGGAUUUGAGAGCAUUAGAAAGGCUAAGGCCUUGGUGGAGAGCAAGUGCCCUGGUGUUGUUUCCUGUGCAGAUAUUCUUGCCAUUGCUGCUAGAGAUUAUGUCCACCUGACAGGAGGACCUUACUACCAAGUGAAGAAAGGGAGAUGGGAUGGGAAAAUAUCAAUGGCAUCAAGGGUACCCUAUAAUCUUCCUCGUGCAAAUUCAACCAUUGAUCAGUUAUUGAAUCUUUUUAAUUCCAAAGGAUUAACACCAGAAGACCUAGUGGUGCUUUCAGGUGCACAUACAAUUGGUUUUGCCCAUUGUAAGCAUUUUAUUAGCCGCCUCUACAAUUAUCAUGGCACCAAGCAGCCCGACCCCGUUAUUGAUCCAAGGCUCUUAAAAGAACUAAGAAUGUCCUGCCCACAAUUUGGGGGAAAUCAAGACAUUGUAGCACCAUUUGAUGUUACCACUCCAUUCUUGUUUGAUCAUGCUUAUUAUGGGAAUUUAGAGGCUAAAUUGGGCUUGUUGGCCUCUGACCAAGCCCUGUUUUUGGACCCACGAACCAAGACCCUGGUUCAGCAGCUAGGAAUGGAUAAGCAAAAAUUCUUCCAAGCAUUUUCACAAGCAAUGGAUAGAAUGGGCUCCAUUGGUGUGAAAAGGGGAAGAAAACAUGGAGAAAAGAGAAAAGAUUGUAGUAUACAUGCGACAUAGCUAAUUAAUGAGAAGAUGUUUGGAAAAAAUCAAUUGGACCCCUAAUUUAUGUUUAAUAUAUUACUGGGCUCAUUAAUUUGA